AUGGAGGAGAAUGACUCCAAGCCCAGCGACGCGGCGGCGGCGGCGGAGGGGCAGUGGCAGCCAGAAUCCAGCCCCGGUGGCGGCGCGGGCGGCGGCGGCGGCGGCAGCCCCGGCGAUGCAGACACGGGACGCCGGCGGGCACUGGCGCUGCCAGCGGUCCUGCAGGUGCCAGGCAACCACCAGCACCCUCAUCGCAUCACCAACUUCUUCAUCGACAACAUCCUGCGGCCCGAGUUCGGCCGGAGAAAGGACGCGGGGACCUGCUGUGCCGGCGCGGGCGGAGGAAGGGGCGCCGGAGGCGGCUGCGAAGGCGGCGCGGACCGAGGCGGCGGCGCGGGCGGCGCGGACCCGCUGCCGGGGUCUGCCCGGGAGCCCCGGCCCAGGGCGCCCUGCACGCCGGGUGCCGGCGGGCCGCUACCGGGCGGCGGCAGCGAGUCCCCGGGCGAAGGGGAAGGAGGCUCCAAGGCGCUCUCGCUGCAAGGCGACGCGAAGAAAGGCGGCGACCCCGGCGGCCCCCUGGACGGGGCGCUCAAGGCGCGCGGCUUGGGAGGCGGCGACCUGUCCUUGAGCUCAGACUCAGACAGCUCGCAGGCCGGCGCCGCGCUGGGCGCGCAGCCCAUGCUCUGGCCGGCCUGGGUCUACUGCACGCGGUACUCCGACCGGCCUUCUUCAGGCCCCAGGUCCCGAAAACCAAAGAAGAAGAACCCCAACAAAGAGGACAAGCGGCCACGCACGGCCUUCACGGCGGAGCAGCUGCAGAGGCUCAAGGCUGAGUUCCAGACCAACAGGUACCUGACAGAGCAGCGGCGCCAGAGCCUGGCCCAGGAGCUGGGCCUCAACGAGUCGCAGAUCAAGAUCUGGUUCCAGAACAAGCGCGCCAAGAUCAAGAAGGCCACGGGGAACAAGAACACGCUGGCGGUGCACCUGAUGGCGCAGGGCCUGUACAACCACUCCACCGCCGCCAAGGAGGGCAAGUCCGACAGCGAGUAG